CGACUUUUUCACAGUCGAAAGUUGAGUCGACUUUUCGAUUUUUGUCGACAAAAAGCCAUUUUUCAAUUUUAAAAUCCACAGGGUGAACAAAUUUUCGUAAGAAAUUGAAUAUUAUUCAUCUUAAUUCCGAUUUUUGGAACAUAACACUACAUUCUUCUUCUUUCUUUAUGUUUCUUUAUGUGUACCAAGUUGCAGCCAAAUCGGGCUAUUGGAAUGGUCGAAAAUUCAGUUACAAUUUGUACCAACUAACAAAGCUAGUUAAAAACCUUUUAAUAAUAAAAAUAAUUUAAAACAGAAAGUGAAUUAAAUCGUUUGUAUUCCUUAUUGUAACCCAGUGUAUCUAGGUUUGGAUAACGAAGCCUAAAAUUUAACAUGUUAUUUAUGAAUAAUAACUUUGCUAAAAGUUACCACUAUCAUCAUUUGGGGACUGAGUUAGGUAUACAAGUCUUCAGCAUAAAUUUAAAAAAAGUUGAAAGUUUUAAUAUUGAACUAUUGAAAUUAAUUGUAAAUCAUGCUUAUUAAACGUUAUCUGCUAGAGGGAAUGUGUGUAAAAUUUUAUGUAAAUACUUUCAAGGAUAUUUAUUGAAGUUGGUCUUCUGCGUCGUUAGUUCGACACACGAUAUACAAAAACAGCUGAGUAAAUUUAGUUUUCUUUCAGCAGCCAGUCGCAACAGGUCACACACUGGCGGAGAAGAGUGGGUGUUUCAGUUUCGUAAUGGAAAAAAAGAAAAACGUUAUAAAGUUCUGUUAAAAAGUGGUGUGGUGCAUAUUUUUAUUAUAACGAAAAACUACCCUCUUCUUUAUAAUUCUAUUAUUAAUGGCUUACUGACAAUUUACAUUUUCGACAUUUCAUGUGAAUUAUUAUUUGUUAAUUUUUUUUUACAUUUUAUUUUAAUGCAAUACGAAAAAUUGGUCCUUGAAAUUGCGAUUGUUAAAAACCGCAAGACUUUUGUUGUUGUUUAAAAUAUGUGUUCGUAGGUGCUUUUGUAGGGGUGUGAAUAAAAAGAUAUUAACAAAAGUAAAGAAUAUUGUCCUCUUCAAUGAUGUUUACAACGACAAUGUUCUUAUAAUUAAAAACAUCAUCAACACUAUAUUGAUAUUAAUUUAAAAAUUUACAUUUUUAAUUACUGGUCAUAUCAAAACUUUUAAAAGAUAUUAAAAACCUAGUUUUGUCAUCUACAUCGCUGAUGCCUCAUACUACUAUAAAGUAAAAUUUGUGGCAGUCUUCAUCUUCUAUAUUUUAACUCAUACAUCAGUGUAUCAUAAUUACAAACAUGUUGUUGCCAAAUAAUAUUGAUUAUGAUUACUUAAUGAAAUUUCUGGCACUGGGAGAUUCGGGUGUAGGAAAGACAAGUUUCCUUUAUCAAUAUACAGAUGGACAAUUUCAUUCACAAUUUAUCUCAACAGUGGGCAUUGAUUUCCGGGAAAAAAGAGUGCUCUACACUUCCAGAGGUCGAAAUCAUCGUAUACAUUUGCAGCUGUGGGAUACAGCGGGACAAGAGAGAUUUAGAUCCCUUACAACAGCAUUUUAUAGGGAUGCCAUGGGUUUUUUAUUAAUUUUUGAUUUAACUAAUGAAAAGUCCUUCUUAGAAAUAACAAACUGGUUAGAACAACUUCGAGUUCAUGCAUAUUCCGAAGAUCCGGAUGUUGUUCUAUGUGGGAACAAAUGUGAUCUGGAUACAUAUCGCGUCGUAUCUCGGGAGCAAGUGACUGCAUUUGCUGAACGUUACAAUUUACCAUAUAUCGAAACUAGUGCGAGUACGGGUUACAAUAUUCGUCAAGCUGUCGAAUUACUCGUUGGUCGUGUAAUGGAUCGCAUGGAGAAUUCAGUGGAAAAUUCCGAACUGACUCGUUUAAUGACUCAAACACGUUUAACAAGUUUUCAAACAUUGAAAUUAGCCCUCCAAAAAGACCAAGAAACUGCAAACGAUGCUCGAAAUACGAACAAUACUUGCGGUUGUUAAAUACAUAAUUUUUGAAAUGUAUUGAGUCGUCGUACAUUCGAAUAUUUUUGAAACAUCCGAAACAAUAAAGACCUUAACAUUUUUAUUGUUAUACAUAUUUUAUUACUGACACCAAGAACUGCUAUACUGGAAAAAGAUGAACGUUACAAUGGUGUCAGCUAUUGAGACCGAUUGAGACUUCAACAGAUACAAUAAUUGUUUAAUAUUAAGAUUAAUAUUUAUGCUGCUGUUUAAUGCAAUAAUGUUAUUUCAUUGCAACGUGUUGUGGUUUUGUAAUUAAAAAAUAUAUGUACCUAUAUCAACUUAACCUAUGUAUAAUUCUUAAUUCAUAAAUGUUCUCAUAAGUACAAAAAUAAAAAUACAUUUUGAACAAAUUGUUUAUCAUCACAUUGGCGUUUCCUUAGUACAAGGAAGAUUAUUUAACACAAUUUGUAUGUAUGAAUUUAUUUGAAUAAUUUGUAAGUGUUCUAUGUAUGUACAUAUGUAUAUGCGUUAAAAUUAAUAUAAAACUAAAUGAUUUGUUUAAAUAAAUUAUUUUUAUUAUGUAAA